CAGCUCCGCCCCGCCGGGCCCCGAGGAGCGGCCGCCGCCCCCCGCGCCGCCAGCAUGUCCUCCCGGCCGCCGCCCCGCUCCUGCGACACCUUCGUGGCGCUGCCGCCCGCCGCGGCGGGGGGUCGCGUCGUCUUCGGGAAGAACUCGGACCGGCCGGCGGACGAGGUGCAGGAGGUCGUGUACUUCCCGGCCGCCACGCACCCGCCCGGCGCCGCGCUGGAGUGCACCUACAUCCCAGUCGAGCAGGUGGAGAAGACCCACGCCGUGGUGCUGAGCCGCCCCUCCUGGCUCUGGGGGGCGGAGAUGGGGGCCAACGAGCACGGCGUCUGCAUCGGGAACGAAGCGGUGUGGGGGAGAGAGGAGAUCGGCGACGAUGAAGCUCUCCUGGGCAUGGACCUCGUCAGGCUUGGACUCGAGAGAGCAGACACAGCUGAAAAGGCCCUUAAUGUCAUAGUUGAUUUGCUCGAAAAAUAUGGACAGGGAGGAAACUGCAUGGAAAGCCAUAUGGCAUUUACAUACCAUAACAGUUUUCUGAUAGCUGACAGAAAGGAAGCAUGGGUGCUGGAAACAUCAGGAAAAUACUGGGCAGCAGAAAAAGUAGAAGGUGGUGUACGGAAUAUUUCCAACCAGCUCUCUAUCACAACCAAGAUUGACAGAGAACACCCAGAAUUGAAGGAAUAUGCCAAAAGCAAGGGCUGGUGGGAUGGGGAAAAGCAGUUUGAUUUUGCUGCCACAUAUUCUUAUGUAAAUACAGCCAGAAUGACCACAUCCAGAGGCCGAUAUUGUGAAGGCUAUAAACUUCUGAACAAACAUAAAGGAUCUAUCACUUCUGAAAUAAUGAUGGAAAUUCUUCGUGACAAAGAGAGUGGCAUUAAUAUGGAAGGUGGAUUUAUGACAACUGGAAGCAUGGUGUCUGUGUUGCCUCAGCAGCCUAAUCUGCCGUGUAUUCACUUCUUUACUGGAACUCCAGAUCCUGCGAGGUCUGUAUUCAAGCCUUUCAUUUUUGUGCCCAAUAUUACUCAGUUAUUAAAAACUAGCUCCCCUACAUUUGGUCAUAAUGAUCCAGUUAAGAAGCAACCACGUUUUCAGAAUAAGCCAGAUCGAAGACAUGAGCUCUAUAAAAAACAUGAAAGUGCUGCUGUAGUUAUGGAAACUAUCAAGGGCAAAGGUAAAGAGAUGCUGAAAGAGAUACAGGACUUGGAGAAACAGAAGAUAAGUGAAAUGGAAUCAAUCCUGCAAAACAGAUGUCUUGACAUUAAACAAGUGGUUAACCUUUUUUCACAGUGUGUAGAAGAGGAACUCAAAAUAUACAGCUAAAACUACUAUUUGAAUGUGGAACUCUUCCUCCCUGAUCCUGUUUAAAAGUAACGAUCAAUAUGUGACAUUACUUUUGUUAUCUGUGGCAAGGGACAAACUGAGCAAACAACAAAGAAGGUACCGACUUUACUAAAUGAUCAAGCAGGAUAAAAAGUACAACUGGAAGGAAAAACACCCGAACAAACCAGCACUACUGCAAAUCUUCAGAAGAGAACGCGUAACACGAAAUGGAGCAUUAGAGCUGCGGUAGCAGUAUGUGACAUGACACAGCAUCCCCACAGAAAGACCAUUCUUUGAUGAUUUUUCUAUAUUUAGUCAGCUUCUAGAAUCAUCUCAGAUGCUAAAGAUGGGCUACACACAUACAGUUUUCUCAUUUUCUAAACUGUUCUAUCCCCCCACUGGUAAAAAAAGUAAGUAUAGGCAAACAAAAGAAAUACAUACACAAUGAAAUUUGGAGAAUGAGUAAGAAAAUUAAGAGCUUGGCAGAAUUUGCUCUUCCUGACCCUACAAUGAAAGCAGAAGUUAAUUUGGGAUACUGCAUUCAGAUCCACAGCAAGGAACUAACGGGUCAGGAAAGGUUCUUGAACUUUCUAGUUCUAGUGAUCCUAUGUGUACCAAGUGGCAGUAGCAAGUAAGAUUGAGUAGUGGGUAAGACUGAAAGUAAGCUUGAGUUGACUGUGAACCUUUUGGGACUGCGUCGCCCACAAAAAUUCUUAGAAGUUCAAUCGUAUAGUGGAUGUUUGUGAACUGGAAGGUAUAUUUAAUAAAAUUCUGCUGUAUUUACC